CUUCCACCCCCUAAAUUUCUGAAUUCUAAUUGGCUUACUACCCUCUCUUUUCUCCAACCUGGCAACGUGUUAAGGGUUGGGGCCUUAGUCUCUCAGUAAGGGCGGUUCACCUUCUCAGCUAGAUGGUGCGGCUUCUGUAUAGUUUGUCUCCAUGGGAGGAUACACCGCUGGGAUUGGUGGGGGGCCGCUGGGCCAGAGGAAAAGUCACUGGAACCUGAUUCUCCUUCCACCCAUCCCACAUGCUGGGUCUUGAACAAGCUUCGGGGUGGGGGGUGACAGACACUGCUUACCCUUUUUGCCACCUUCUGUGGUCCCCCUAACGUUCCAAGUGAUAUCCUAGAUAGAGAACUUCCCUGAGUCACAUUUCUGGGAUGAAACAUUGCCCUCCAUUGGCAAGUGUCGCCACCACAUAGGUGGUGGAAGGACAGUAUGGUUCUAGGAGGAAGAGAAACCAGCAAAAGGAAGCACCCUUUUCUCUCUCUGCUCUGUUGCUGGAACUGCUUGUUUUCACACGACCCACCUUGGCAGUUACCCAGUGUGACCUGCUCACUCCCAUUUUACAGUAGAGAAAACUCAAAACUGUUGCUCCAGGGUCACGUUUGGAACUGCAGUGGGGCCAUUCUCAGCCCCCUUGCCUUCAGGUUUGGGGCCCUAGAUCUAAGGCUAUCCAGUAGAGCCAACUGGUUUACUACCGUGGAGUCUUCUGGUAUGCCCAGGCUGGAGCUGGAAGAGCGCUGGCCCCAGCCUCAUGGGUGGGUGAUACCAGAUGAUCUGACAACUUCAGGAUACCCUCCAGGUCGUAGUUGCACUCUAUUACUGGGAAGUGUCAAGUGUGCUGGUAAAACCAGGAGCACCAGUCGAUACCCAAGUUACAAAAAAAAAAAAAAAAAUUCCCUCUUUGAGGUCCAUGAAGCCCUUGCUCAGAUGGGACUUACCAAGUUUUAAGAGUUGUGUACACAAGGAGUGGAACUCCCCGACAGGGUAAAGUUGCACAUGAUUAAAGCUUUCUUCUGCCCUGUCCUAUCCUGACGGAAACAUUCUGAGGCGCUAUAGGGGUAGAGGCUUUGCUGGGAUAAGGGACACUCAGAGGGGCUUGGGGUGGGGGGCUACUGAAACUGGACAGGUGCACCACACACAGAAACACAAGACACAAAGACAGCCAGAUCUGGAGGAGAGAGACUGAAAUGGUCCGACAACUGGCACGCUGACAGCCGGAGUGUGACAUGCCCCAGCAGAAAGGAACAGCAUUGACCUUUGGGAAAGUGACAGGAUGAGGGCAAAGUGCCCCUCCCCCCCCCCACACCUCCUGGUUGCUGCUUGAGUGGUGCUGGUGCUGAGGAGAGGUGAGGGAUGCCAAGUGAGGUGGAGGUGGGUCUUCGUGGAGUGUGACUGGGGACUCCUGCAGGCAGUGCCUCAGUUUCUCCCUUUGUUUCAAGGUCUCAAGCUUUGCAGGUUAAGUUUGGACUAGCUCCCCCGGAAGAUCACCUGACUGUGACUUGAGGGGUGUGAGAGAGAGAGGGUGGGGAGAGAGCUUGAGGAGAGCGUGCUUGAGCCUGGGAGGAAUUGGGCCAUGCCCCAGGACUUGAGCCAUCUCUGGCACAAAAGGAGUUAAUGGCAGGGACCGCGCCCCCCCGUGUCCGGGCACGCGCAGCGCGCCCCCUCGGUGCGCGGGCACAGCAGCCAGGCUGCCGGAGAGCAGAUCUCGGGGAUUCGGGUGCGGAGCCCUUGGCCUGGAGGCGAUAUGGGUGGUCCGUGGCCCGGUUCAGUCGCUCGCAACAGCCCGGGGAACAGGCCUGUCUGGCCCUGAGGGAGUCCCCUUUCUGAAGCUGUGGUGCUCAGAAGACCUGCUCUCUACAUUGCCGGGCACCUGUAGGUGUCCCUCGAGAGCUCAGUUUUGAGGUUCAAGUCAGUGUGGCCAUGAAGGGGCUGCCUAUUGGGCUGAUGCUGUGACCCCGGAGUCUGCCUUUCCUGCCAGUCCCCCGGCCCGGAACAUGUGGCUGCGGCUUGGCCUGCCCUCGCUGUCCCUGAGCCCCAAGCCCACAGUUGGCCGGAGCCUGUGCCUCACCCUGUGGUUCCUGAGCUUGGUGCUGAGGGCCAGUACCCAGGCCCCAGCACCCACAGUCAAUACUCACUUUGGGAAGCUAAGGGGUGCCCGGGUACCAUUGCCCAGUGAGAUCCUGGGGCCUGUGGACCAAUACCUUGGGGUGCCCUACGCAGCCCCCCCCAUCGGCGAGAAACGUUUCCUGCCCCCUGAACCACCCCCAUCCUGGUCGGGCAUCCGGAACGCCACACACUUUCCCCCAGUGUGCCCCCAGAACAUCCACACAGCUGUGCCCGAAGUCAUGCUCCCUGUCUGGUUCACGGCCAACUUGGAUAUCGUCGCUACUUACAUUCAGGAGCCCAACGAAGACUGCCUCUACCUGAACGUCUAUGUGCCCACGGAGGAUGGAUCCGGCGCUAAGAAACAGGGCGAGGACUUAGCGGAUAAUGACGGGGAUGAAGAUGAAGACAUCCGGGACAGUGGCGCUAAGCCUGUCAUGGUCUACAUCCAUGGAGGCUCUUACAUGGAAGGGACAGGCAACAUGAUUGACGGCAGCGUCCUGGCCAGUUAUGGCAACGUCAUCGUCAUCACCCUCAACUAUCGGGUUGGAGUGCUAGGUUUCCUGAGCACUGGCGAUCAGGCUGCCAAGGGCAACUAUGGGCUCCUUGACCAAAUCCAGGCCCUCCGCUGGGUGAGCGAGAAUAUCGCCUUCUUCGGUGGUGAUCCCCGCCGUAUCACCGUCUUUGGCUCGGGCAUUGGCGCGUCCUGUGUCAGCCUCCUCACGCUGUCGCAUCACUCUGAGGGGCUUUUCCAGAGGGCCAUCAUCCAAAGUGGUUCUGCUCUGUCCAGCUGGGCUGUGAACUACCAACCAGUGAAGUACACCAGCCUGCUGGCAGACAAGGUAGGCUGUAACGUGCUAGACACCGUCGACAUGGUGGACUGUCUUCGGCAAAAGAGUGCCAAGGAGCUGGUAGAGCAGGACAUCCAGCCUGCCCGCUACCAUGUGGCCUUUGGCCCCGUGAUUGACGGUGAUGUCAUUCCUGAUGACCCGGAGAUUCUCAUGGAACAGGGCGAGUUCCUCAACUAUGACAUCAUGCUAGGUGUCAACCAGGGUGAGGGGCUCAAGUUUGUGGAAGGGGUGGUGGACCCUGAAGAUGGUGUCUCUGGCACUGACUUUGACUACUCAGUCUCCAACUUUGUGGACAAUCUGUAUGGCUAUCCUGAGGGUAAGGACACCCUGCGGGAGACCAUCAAGUUCAUGUACACAGACUGGGCAGACCGUGACAAUCCUGAGACCCGCCGUAAAACACUGGUGGCACUCUUCACUGACCACCAGUGGGUGGAGCCCUCAGUGGUGACAGCUGAUCUGCACGCCCGCUACGGCUCGCCUACCUACUUCUACGCCUUCUACCAUCACUGCCAGAGCCUCAUGAAGCCUGCUUGGUCAGACGCAGCUCAUGGGGAUGAAGUACCCUACGUUUUCGGUGUCCCUAUGGUAGGCCCCACUGACCUUUUCCCCUGCAACUUCUCCAAGAAUGACGUUAUGCUCAGUGCUGUCGUCAUGACCUACUGGACCAACUUUGCCAAGACCGGGGAUCCCAACAAGCCGGUCCCCCAGGACACCAAGUUCAUUCACACCAAGGCCAACCGCUUUGAGGAAGUGGCCUGGUCCAAAUACAAUCCCCGAGACCAGCUCUACCUUCACAUCGGCCUGAAGCCAAGGGUCCGCGAUCAUUACCGUGCCACUAAGGUGGCCUUUUGGAAACACCUGGUGCCCCACCUAUACAACCUGCAUGACAUGUUCCACUACACGUCCACAACCACCAAAGUGCCACCCCCGGAUACCACCCACAGCUCCCACAUCACCCGCAGGCCCAAUGGCAAGACCUGGAGCACCAAACGACCAGCCAUCUCACCUGCCUACAGCAAUGAGAAUGCCCAAGGGUCCUGGAACGGGGACCAGGAUGCAGGGCCGCUCCUGGUGGAGAACCCUCGUGACUACUCCACUGAAUUAAGCGUCACCAUCGCCGUGGGGGCCUCCCUCCUCUUCCUUAAUGUCCUGGCCUUCGCUGCCCUCUACUAUCGGAAGGACAAGCGGCGUCAGGAGCCCCUGCGGCAGCCCAGCCCUCAGAGGGGAGCCGGGGCUCCUGAAUUGGGAGCUGCUCCCGAGGAGGAGCUGGCAGCACUGCAGCUGGGCCCCACCCACCACGAGUGUGAGGCGGGUCCCCCCCAUGACACCCUGCGCCUCACUGCACUGCCCGACUACACGCUGACCCUGCGACGCUCCCCUGAUGACAUCCCACUCAUGACCCCCAACACUAUCACUAUGAUCCCCAACUCCCUGGUGGGGCUGCAGACGUUGCACCCCUAUAACACCUUUGCCACAGGGUUCAACAGUACCGGGCUGCCCCACUCACACUCCACCACCCGGGUAUAGCUGCAGCCCAGAGCACAGCAUAUAUCCCGGCUCUGUCCCUCCCGGAUCCACGAACACACACACACACACACACACACACACACACACACACACACACAUAUAUGUAUACGCACGCACCCACACCCGACAGCAGACCCACCUGCACAAACAUAGACAGAUGUGGGCACGCACCCGCAUGUGCAACAACACAAAUAAGGAAGUAAACCUGAACAAACCCUUCAAGUGGGGACGCAAACGAGUCCUUGGGGAACUGAGGACCCGUGGAACAGCAGCUGAAGCCGGUUCCCCGAGCCUGACCACAGACACUACUGGGGAGCCUGAAGCACCAGCUGGACACCCCCUUGGUGCUCGCCUUCCACCUCUCUUGGAACUGCACCACCGACCAACUCCAGACUUGGGAGCUUUAAAGAGCAGAGUAGCUCUUUCUCCCCCAGACUUGGUCUUUUUUCUGGGUCUUGUUUUUGUUGAUUUUUAAAAAAAAUUUUGGAACAAGUGCUUCUCCAACCGAUGGGUGCAAAGAAGCUCCGGAAGGGAGGGCUCCAGGCCCAGGUCUCUCUGGCUCUGGAACUCCCAGUGCUCACACAAUCCGACCAAGGAACAUGGCCCCCAAGAAAGAAACAGGUUCCAGCAAAACCAUGGGGAGAAGGAGCAAGGGACUCUCACUGGAUGGGGUUGGAGGGCCUUGGGGGGCAACUUGCCAGCCGCCUCUGUAUCUCUGCGGAGGGCUGCAGAGACCGCAGGGUGACCUGCGUCCCCCAGAGGCCAGGAGCGUCCGCCUAGCUAGACCAGGCAGGGGACUGCAAAUUUGGUGAAGGAGGUUUUGUGGAGGCCAUGUGAUUAUCGGUGCCCUGGGUACAAUCUGGGUUCUGCCUCUGCCCUUGGGGUAAUGCUAUCAGAAAUUCGCCCCAUUUUCUUUACAGAGUCUCUUUUGUGUCUGUCAUUUCUCUUUCAAAAAGGUGGUGUUUUUUGUUGUUGUUGGCUUUUUUUUUUUUUUUUUAAAGAAAAGUUCUUAAAACACUAACGGAAACCCACGGAGUUUGUCCUUUGUAAAAAUUUUAAACACAGUGUCUUGAUAUAAAAAUAAAAAAUCCAGUUAGCACUCCCAA